AAACUCAUACGAACUGUCAUGCUGUCAUCGUGUGUCAUCCUGCAGGCAAACGUCCCAACGAUCGAAGGUUUCAAGAAUCUCAAGAAUAAUCUCCCGUUUGUCCAGCGCGUGUCAUCAUGAAACAAUUACUUUUCUCAAAUUCUUCAGUCAAAAACUAGACGCAAAUCUCUGAAUUCCGUGACGGGAAAAUGUGUAUAAUCGCGAAAGUGCCCGGUCAGUUGGUAAUUCAAGUUGGCAGAAACCGACUUCUGCAGCUCUAUCACCUGAAUCGAUACUCCUGGGCUUCCGUCAACUUGAGUGGAUUUUCGGCAAAAACUUUGCUAGAAGAAGAUGUCAGGAAGAAUUGGCAACUUCAAAAGAAGACUUUUGGGAGUGCGACGAGAGCGGCGAUUUCCAACGGAACCUUAUGUGGUGCUCUCUCAAAACAACAAGCGAAAGAUCUCGCGGUCAAACUCACCCCGGAUGAAAGGACUGUUCUCAUUUCCGCCCUGCAAGAGUGCCAGUCUUUGAAAAUUAAAGCAGAGUUCGAAGGUCAGCUGGCUGCUUUUCGAUGGAGAAAUGAAUUCGGUCGACCUAGUGCCAUUCCAUCUCUUGGCGAUGUAGAUCCCACAGGAAGUUAUUGUGCAGUUCCUGAAGACUGGCUGCUUCGCAAGUAUGUUGCAACAGUGCCACAGCCAUCAAAUAGGGAUCUUAUGCGAGUGCUAAUCGCUAAUGCAAUUCCAUUCAUUGGGUUUGGUUUUCUCGACAACUUCAUCAUGAUCAUUGCUGGCGACCAAAUCGAAGUCCUCUUGGGAACUUGGAUAACCUUAUCAACAAUGGCGGCGGCAGCUAUUGGAAAUACAUUUUCCGAUGUCCUGGGAAUUGGAUCUGCUUACUACGUCGAGGUUUUAGCCCAAAAAAUUGGUUUCAAACAGCCCAAGUUAACACCCAUCCAAUUAAAUAUGCCGAAAUCUAGAAGGUCUGCAAAUAUCGGUCGAGUUUUGGGGGUGACUAUUGGUUGUAUAUUAGGAAUGACGCCACUACUCUUUCUGCGCAAUGACAAGAAGAAAGAGUCCGCGGAAAACGAGCUUCCUGCACUAGAAAACAAAGACUAAUUAGAACUAAUUUCUUGCACUAUAAUAUUUGUACAAAUCUUUUAUCUAUACAACUCGCAUCCGUCUAUUUGUUUAUGUUUUUACUGUAUAUUUCCAAAUGUAUUCUUUGUAUAUACAUAUUAUAUAUGUACGUAUGUACUUAAUGAAAUGUAAAAUAGAAGAUACCUAUCGCACUGAAUAA